UUACACAUGCGCUUGAAAGAUCGGGGACAGGAAGUGCACCUACAGCUGCGCAAAGUUCCUAUCAUUGAAACCUCGUCACUGACGUCACGCGGAACCGUGAAACAUGACGUUUCUUCCAUACAGGACGCGGCGGUGUAUAUUGACAGACGUCUGGGUGCUUCCGUUGUAGUCAGAAAACGAGAAUUAGACCCCAACAACUUAGACUUGGAAGGGAGUCUUCUCCUUGGAGGAGAAGAAGUCUUACUAAAGCCUUCAAGUCAAGAAACACGUGAUUUCGAAAAUGAUGCUAACACCCAUGACGUCAUUCCGGUUGAGCCCGAUAUCGAUUAUGGAGGUGAUUACGUUGAGGUUCCGAAAAGUGAGUGAAUAAACAUUUCAAACAGUGAAAUAAUAUCUGUGUUUCUUUUGUACUUUUGUAUGUAUAUAUAUGAAGAGUUCAGGCGCAAAACGCAAUAUAAACCAUUUUCUUUCUAGUGAUUAGUUAAAAGUCAUUAUUGUAUAUCAGUAAGGGCUAAUCGUAGGCCCGCUGAUUUGCCGCAAAACGUGAUUGAUCCUUAUGAAAUUGUAUUGGGUAAAUCCCGGUUUUUUUUUUUUUUUUUUUUUUUUUUUUUUAUCAAAACG